UCUUUCUUCUUCCUUCCUAAGCUUAGAGUUGAAGGCCGGCGGAGCGGCCUCUGUUUCGGCACAGCAGGUAGAUAACGGAAACAAUGGCGGGAAAGCAACUCCAUGGCGACGGUUUGCCGCCGAAUAUCGCUGGCAUGUCAAAGAACCAACUUUACGAAAUCAUGUCUCAGAUGAAGACCCUUAUCGAGCAGAACCAGCAACAAGCGAGGCAGAUCCUAAUCCAAAACCCUCCCUUGACUAAAGCGCUUUUUCAGGCUCAAAUAAUGCUUGGAAUGGUGCAGCCUCCUCAAGCGGUUGCAGGUAUCCAGCUACCACCAUCCCAACAUCCUCAGCAAUCGGCACAACUUCCUUCCCAGUCAAACAUCCAACCUGCUCAAUCAUUACAUGGUCAAGUUGAUUUGCAAGACCAAGGAGGUAUAUCACAGAUCCAACCUCCUAUGAGAAAGCAGCAGCAAAGCCAACCUAUGACUCAAAUUUUCUCUGCUACCACUCCUUCAGUAAAUAUUCAGUCUCAGCCCAUGCCAUCACAGCCCCUACAAACACCACAGCAGACUAAGGGACAUCUGAACCCUCCAAUGUCUCUUCCCCAAUCUUCCCAGUUUGCAGGUGCACCUCCACCUUCUCUUCACCCUGCUUCACAGCCACCUACUCUUCAUCAAACACAAAUACCCAUUGCUUCCAGCCAGUUGCAACAGCCAUUACAGACAACUGGAGUUCCUAAUCUGCCUUUGCAACCACCAUUACCACAACAACUUAGACCGCAUUCUAUGAUGUCUUUCCAUCAUCAAUAUGCCCAACAGAUGGGCCCUGGUAUAGGUUUCCAGCAUCCUGGUGGUCCUCAGCAUCUUUCACACCCAAUGUAUCAUUCAGGUAAUAAGCCCCCUACUGGCAUUGCAGCUUCAUUUCCACAGGGACAGGCACCACAUCAGUCAAUGUAUCAAAGUCAGGCAGGAGGCUCGCAUUUAGGGACAGAGUUUGGCAACCAAGUUGGAGCUUCCAUGCAAGUAGAUAGAGGAUCUUCUUGGAUGUCUGGCCAACCAGACACUCCAGCAAUUGCACAGCUUCCAGGAUCUCAUCCAUUAGUGUCUGGACAGAUGGGCCCAGGCAACCAGCCUCGCCCUGCAUCGUUGACCCCUGAGAUGGAGAAGGCCCUUCUGCAGCAGGUCAUGAGCCUCACCCCAGAACAGAUAAAUCUCCUGCCUCCAGAACAAAGGAAUCAAGUGCUUCAGCUCCAGCAGAUUCUACGCCAAUGAGGAACGUUAAUGGGAAGGAAGGUGAACUGGGGCAGAGUAUCAAUCCAAACAUCUUAUCUUGGGUGGGAAGGAAUUUCCUUUUGACAGAGUUGUGAAGAUUCAAGCGAUGAUGGUUGAUAAUGAUCCAAUACAAGACAAACCACAGUAGCUUGAGAAUGGUUUAGCUGCUGCUAUAUUUUCAAGCAUUCUGCAAAUGGCAAGAACAAUUUCGGAUUGCAUUUCUUUGUAAUCUCCUUUAAUGUUGUGUAUGGCUUAAUCAUGCAUUUGUUGUAAUUGAACCCUUUAUUCAACUUAGUUUUGGUUCAGUUUUGAGAAUUCCCGCAAAUAUCUUUGCUGUUCUUUUCUUUAAUCUGUUGUCCAUUUACCACUGCGCGACUCUUGUCCUUAUCCCGGAGCAUAGAUAAAUAUUAAAUUCUCUAAAAGGAGCACAGAUAAAAUAUACAUAUGCUG